AUGAAGUUCCCAUUGGCAGCAGCAUUGCUUGCCAUCUCCCCCCUAAGUCAUGGAUCCACCGACGAAUAUGCUGAGGAGAAGAGGGAAUACUCCAAAUUGACGUCAACCGCUCUGACGAAUGGCCUUGCAAAAGUCACAGCCCGCGAAAUCGACGCUCGCGCAAGUGGCGCAACAUCCUCCUGCACGCACAAAAACCUCGUAUUCCGAAGAGAAUAUGGUGCUCUUUCACACGCAGAAAAAUUGGACUACGUCCGGGCCGUACAAUGUCUGCAGACUCUACCGGCUCGGACUCCAGCAAAUGUUUCCGCUGGAGCGCGGUCUCGCUUUGACGAUUUCGUCGUCGUGCACAUCCAACAGACUCUGGACAUUCACUUUUCGGGAAUCUUCCUACCCUGGCAUCGCUGGUUCACCUACUCGUACGAGAAAGCCUUGCGGGAGGAAUGUGGCUACAAGGGCUAUCAACCAUACUGGGACUGGCCUAAAUAUGCCUCCSCACCACAGGAUAGCCCGAUUUUCGAUGGCAGCGAGACGAGUUUGGGAGGGAAUGGCGAGUUUAUUGCGCAUGAAGGACCGCUGCUUGUUUCUCCCCAAAACUCUUCUCUCACCCUGCAACUCCCUCCAGGUGUUGGAAGUGGCAAUGUCACGACGGGUCCUUUUGCAAACAUGACCGUCAACCUGGGACCGUUUUCUGGGUUGAACACCACUAAGCCGGGCCCAGACGGUGGGUUGGGAUAUAACCCAAGGAGAUUGAAGAGAGAUGUCGGACCUGCUGUUAAUGAGCGAUAUGCCAACUACAGCACCACACUGAACCUCCUUCAAAAGCCCGACAUUGCCGAGUAUCGUCUUCUCUCCGAAGGCAUUCCCUAUGUUGAGAUUGGCCCUCACGGAGGAAUCCACUAUGUCAUGAGCGGUGACCCAGGCGGUGACCUCUUCACAUCUCCUGGUGAUCCUGCUUUCUGGACGCACCACAGCAUGAUGGACCGCAUGUGGACGUAUUGGCAACUUCUCGGCUGUGGUGAUGAGCGAUACACGGAGGAAGAAAUGAACGGCGGCGUAUACGGCCACAAAACCUGGCAAAACCAGCCACCGUCGAGAAAGGCUCUGUUCACCGAUGUCAUUGAUAUGGGUUAUGCAGCCGAGUCAACGACUAUUGGUGAUGUGAUGGAUACGCUUUCAGGGCCGUUCUGCUAUCUUUAUAUAUAG